AUGAAAUGUAAUGGCAUAAUAUUCUUCUUCAUUCUAAUAGCUCGGACUUUAUGCUUUGAUGGAAGCGAUUCAAUAAUACUGAGUUUAUCCCAAUCAUUUAGUUCGAUUAUUGUGACCGAAUUGGGAGAUAAGACCUUUUUCUUAGCCGCCAUAAUGUCAAUUAAAUAUAAUCGAAUAGCAGUGUUAAUUGGCUCCACUCUCGCCCUUAUUCUCAUCACCACCCUAAGCACCAUUUUUGGACUUGUGAUUCCUGAGUUGAUUUCAAUCCUAUAUGCACAAAUUCUGGUUUCCUUGGUUUUUUAUGGUUUCGGAAUUAAGUUUCUCUACACCUGGUACACCAUGAAAAAGGAGAAGGAAGAUUUGCAAGAGGUUGAGUAGGAGUUAAGCACCUUGGAUAAAAAGUUGAUGAAUUUGCCAGAUCCUGAGACAGAUCAAGUUAACGAUAACGUAACAAAAAAUUUCAUAUAAGUACAAUUCUAAUAGGUGGUUUGGUAGGCUUUUACUUUAACGCUUUUGGGAGAAUGGGGAGAUAAAAGCCAAAUUACAACCAUUAGUCUAUCAGCUAUCUACAACCCCUAUUACAUUUUCUUAGGUGCCAUAGUAGCCCACUUUAUUUGUACUGUCAUUGCAGUCCAUGGCGGAAAAUUGAUUGCAAAUAAGUUGUCUGAGAAAAAUUUCAAUUUUCUUGCGGGCAUUACUUUUCUUUGUAUAGCACUAGUAAACACCUACAUCGCAAUAUGUUUAUGA